UUGGAUCUCCUGAUUACUAGUGUCCUUUCCUGACCUUACUAGUGUCACACUGCCUGACUUUGCCUUCCAGGCGACACUGCUCGUCCGGAACCAGAGUCUUACCUCAGAACCUAGUGAAUAGUCUAGUGUGAUUUUCCUGGUACAAGGAAGGUAGAAGUGGAGAGAAGGUGUGCUGAGCCCACCAGUUUGUCCCUUUUCACUGGUGGGCUUGGUAAUGGGGGUUCUGCCUCUGACAUCUUGUUCAAUAACUUCAGAAUAUCUUGGGUUAGCUGUCGGAUCUUAAUAGCAAGCACUUCAGCCUUUGUACCCGAGCAGUGUUAAAGGAUGGGGAAAAUUUAGAACUGGAGUUAUGUAUACAAAUAAGGGUCUGGGAAGAGCCAUAAUGAACCUGGGCUGAUUGCACUGUGGGGAGGGAGGCUGAAGGAAGUGUACAUGCAGCUAUCUGCAAGGAGUAUUUUCCAAAGGGUAAAACAAGAACUCGUUUUGAUAUUUCAGCAGGAAGUUUGGAGGUUAUAUACUCAAGAGCAGGUUGAGAUUCAACCUUUUAGGAGCAGUCCUACUUUUUGAAGGGAAGAGGGGAGGGGUUGCAAUGCCCCUCUCCCUCUUCAAAUAUAGAGGCUUAUCCCUCUGAGACAUGACUCUUAGUGGCUUUCUUCUGUCACCACAAACAAUAGAAGUUACCUGCUUCAGCUUUGGAGAGUCCUCAUUUCCCUCUUGGAAUUUGAAAUAGACGGGCACAGCCCUGGCCCUGUGCUCAGCUUCUUGAAGUAUCAUCCUAUACACAACAGGUUGCGUGUUCGAUUGCCCAGGUCAGGGCACAUACCCCAGGUUGCAGGUUGAUGCCUGGUUGGGAUGGUAUAGGGAGGCAACUGAUCAUAUUUCUCUCUUCUCUCUCCUUUCCUCUCUCUCUAAAAUAAUAAAACACAUCCUUGGGUGACGAUUUUUAAAAAGAUUAAAAAUUAGACUGGCACAUGUCAGAGGUGGAGAAAAGCAGGCACUGGUUCCUGCCUUAGGAUUUCUCAUCAGGAUAUGUUGGUACUGUGUGAUUCAGCUGUUGUACCCACAAAGCCAGGUCCUGGAACGAAUCCUUUGUUGCUCCGCCUCUCUGCCCUGCUUAGGACACAAUUUGCAUGAGCCCUGUAGGGAUGCUCUCCCCCUUGAGCUCCGCUGUGUUUGUCCUGUGACGACAAUGUGACUAGCCACUCAGCUUGACCACUCCACAAGCAUACAGAGAGAGCAGGGCAGCUCUUGGUUUCUCUUAGAGCAGGGGUGUCACACUCAUUUUCACUGGGGGCCACAUCAUGCAAACUGCUUUGUCCUCCUCCAGGAAGCCUGUCUUGGUUACAUGUACCUUCACCUAUGACUGACUCAUCUUGAAGGUGAGGGUUUUCCUUGCCUACCAGGUACUCAGUGUGCACUGCAGGUAUUCUGUACUCAAUGAAAGUGAUACAGUCCAGCUGAGGAACACGGAAAAAGCUAACCUGCUCCCCACUGAUGCCUGCAUUAGCGCUGGGACUGCUUGUGUAGAACAUUUCAGCCCUCUGGAGUUGUCCCUUUGAUGUGGCCACCUCCUUUCCCAGCCCUCAGAAUUUCUGUCAAACCCUGGGGAGCCCCUGACUUCUCAAUCCUGGAACUGAACUUCCCAUUUUCCCCUUCUGGCUGAAAAUGUCCAGUACCCCACAUGGGAGCAUAUACACUGUACUAAGAAUAUGUCCAAUAUAUGAUGUCCUCUCAUUUGAUAGUUCUUCAGUUGGAAGGUCCUGAUUUUUAAACUUUUUAGUUUUGUUUCUUUAGGCAGUGGAUACACUUAACAUGAGGGUCACAUGUACAGUAAUUUGCCCUAGAUUCUUUACCUCUAUAUCUGAUAUCCAUUUCCCAGAGAGAUACUGUAUCUCUUGAACACACUGUGAGUUCCUUGAAGGCAGAACCUAUACUAUGUUACUCAGAUCUCCCUUCAUUAUCUGGAACUGAUAAUGAAGUUCCAUGAUUUUUGUGGUUUACAUGCUUAGGAAUGAAAGGGGUCAAGCAUGUUCUUUACCCUGUAGUUCUCAAGACUCUUUAGAUGGUUCUUUUCUUUCUCUAGAGUGAGUUAUCUAAUAACCAGAGAGGACUCUGACCUUUGCCUUGUCCCUAACAUUCUACUCUCAUUGGAGGGAGGGGAGGUGGGUGUGGGGGGGAUGCCCUGUGCUAUGAAAGCCCCACUUAGCUUUUUCACCACAUUUUCUUCUAAUGCAAACUGAAGAAAAUUUGAGGGUAGUGAGUGCAGGCCAGGAGAGCUCAGAGGGGCCAGCAUGGAAACCAGAAGUGGAGUCAGGUGAGUCAGCUGGUAAAUGGUGAUGAAAGAGGCACCCGGCUGAGGAUGCAGGGCCAACAAAGGCAGUGCCUCCUCAGUGAGCCUAGAGCAUUGAAAAUGGAGCUCCUCCCUCCAGCCUUUCGGAACCCCCUGAAUGUCACCUAGUGACAUCUCAUGAGCCCACUAAAAGGACAAGUCCUUACAUCCUGCCAGCCGGUUGGUUUGUCCACAGCAUCCUGAACGCUGCCCGGGUGAGCCAGAGGAGAAUGGGACAAGACAGAGGCAGAAAGACCAAAAUAGCCUAUAAGCCAAGGGUAGGGAGCUGAGGUGGGAGUGAAGCCAGGGUUUCUGGAACUGAGGAGCACUGAGAAAGGAUAGAGAAGGGGGCAGUCUCCUGGGCUGUGAAGGAAGACCCGGAACAAGACUGGGUGAAGUUGAAGCUUUGGGUAGGACUUCAGGCACAAUGGAGGACAAGCGCAACAUCCAGAUCAUCGAGUGGGAACACCUGGACAAGAAGAAGUUCUAUGUGUUUGGUGUAGCAAUGACAAUGAUGAUCCGCGUCAGCGUCUAUCCGUUCACCCUCAUCCGCACUCGGUUGCAGGUUCAGAAAGGCAAGAGCCUCUACCAUGGGACCUUCGACGCCUUCAUCAAGAUCCUGCGAGCAGAUGGUGUGACUGGCCUCUACCGGGGGUUCCUGGUCAACACCUUUACCCUCAUCUCGGGCCAGUGCUAUGUCACCACUUAUGAGCUCACACGGAAGUUUGUAGCUGACUACAGCCAGAGCAAUACAGUCAAGUCACUGGUGGCUGGCGGCUCAGCCUCUCUUGUGGCCCAGAGCAUCACAGUGCCCAUUGAUGUGGUCUCCCAGCACCUAAUGAUGCAGCGUAAGGGUGAGAGAAUGGGCCGCUUCCAAGUGCAAGGGAACCCAGAGGGACAAGGGGUAGUUGCCUUUGGUCAAACCAAGGACAUCAUCAAGCAGAUCCUACGGGCUGAUGGUCUUCGAGGCUUCUACCGAGGCUAUGUGGCUUCACUGCUUACCUACAUCCCAAACAGUGCUGUCUGGUGGCCCUUCUAUCACUUCUACGCAGAGCAGCUCUCACACCUCUGUCCUAAGGAGUGCCCUCACAUUGUCUUUCAAGCCAUCUCAGGGCCACUGGCUGCAGCUACCGCUUCCAUCCUCACCAAUCCCAUGGAUGUCAUCCGAACCCGAGUGCAGGUUGAGGGCAAGAACUCCAUCAUCCUGACCUUCAGACAGCUGAUGGCAGAAGAGGGGCCUUGGGGCCUCAUGAAGGGCCUCUCAGCUAGAAUCAUCUCAGCCACACCUUCUACCAUUGUCAUUGUGGUGGGCUAUGAGAGCCUCAAGAAACUCAGCCUCCGACCUGAGCUGGUGGACUCGAGACACUGGUAACCAGUGGUGGGAGAGAAGCCUGCUGUUUCCACACUACUCUGGGUCCGGGGCAGAGCAGGGAGGGUAGCACCCUCUCCAAGUGCCCCUGACACAUACCUAAGCCCUGCCCUGGGCCAGGUACCCUGUCUGGGACAGGAGCAGAGACUUUGAACUGCUCUCGCUGAAGAGGCUCCACACCUGCAUCUCCUGCGCCGAUUAUUUUUAGUUUUCUUGCCGAGCUGGGCUCCCUCAUUCAGUCCUUGUACUCAAUGCUGCCCUAAGGAAACCCACCCUCCCCGCCAGUCCCACUCCACCCCACCCCUGCUAACCCUUCUUUUGGCUUUCCCUUCCAUCUCUGUCCCUGAGAUCCUGGUAAGAGCUGUGCAUAGAGCUUGCUUACUAUCACUGGUUCUUCUACUUGGGCCUUCAGCCCAGAUUCCAAGCAGCUGCCACCAACCCUUUCCUGCUUCGUCUCUUAGGCUUGCUUAUUUUUAUUCUGGGACUGAUUUGUCCACCAGACUACUAUGCUUUUUCCUGCCACUGGGGGCAAGGUGCCAGGCACUUUUGCACAGGGAGGAGAAACAGCAAAAAAACCUCAGAGUACUCAUCCUCUCUUUGGAGUUACUAGGUUGGGGAGAAAUGUUAAUACUUUAUUUUGUGUGUUUAUAUUUUUUAACAUCUGUGAACCAGGUACUGUCUUUGUCCUGCUAAAGCACCAAUACAGUCCCACAGUCAGUGCUUACCCCUCCCACAGACAGGUGGAAAAGUGUAAUGUAGCUUUUCCCUCAGUCUCAGUUCCCCAUUCCUUCCAUGUCCUUUCCGUCUCUGUAGCCCCAGGACAUAUAAGUUGUUGGCUUCCCCUGACCCAAAUGACUCGUGGUAGGCAUAAUUCUAAGUAGAUCGGGCUGUCUGGGGCACACAGAACUUGGAGCACUACCCUGGAAAGUCAGGUUUGGAAAACAACAAGAGGGUGUGUGUGCUCCAGCCCAUCUCCCCAGACCAGCUGGGCAAGGCCUAGGAGAGGGCACUGUAGGUUUUCAGCCCCAAGCAAUUAUAACAUAACGCAUAUAUACCCAAUCACUUGGAUUCGUGGAAACAGUGGUUGUCUCAUAAUGGGAGUCUCUGAUAUGUGGAACUGUUUGUGUUUUCUUCUCCCCAAUGUGAACUCAUGCCAGUCACAGUGCCCUUUAGAGGGAUGCUUGGAAGAGAGUAAAGAGCGGGUCAGGAAAUCACCCAAUACCAGGACCACUGCGUACCAGCCUGAUACUGCCGAGACUGUUGAUGCUCGCAGGAGCUAGAUGAUGAAUGCUGCUUCCCUGCCUCAUCCUCCCCACCUUGUCUACCUAGCCUGUGUUGCAGGUGAAGAGAGAUGCAGGAAACGGGAUGAGAAGAAAUCAUAUCAAACCCUGCACUUCUACGUGAGACAUUUGGCCAGGAUGAUUCUUUAAACCUUCUUAUUGGUCCCACCCCCCGGGAAGGGCCAUGGUGCCAAUUUGAAAGGUGCUAGCUGCCUUCUGAAGCCUUUCUAUUUCUUGUGGCUGCCCCACACUCUGUCAUCCUGGCCAGAUUCAGAUCAGAAUCUGAAAACCACAUUUUUCUACCUUCACCACCACCACCACUGUCCAUCCUGGUCUUUUAUCUUUGAGGGUUAUCUUCCCUUUAACUUAUCUUUAUUUUUAUUUGCCUUUUCUUGUACUUUGUCAAGGGUUCUAUUUCUGUCUACAAAUGGUCAUCCAAAGGGUUGGGCCACAGAUCAUUCUGAAUUUUCCUGCCCCUCAGCCACCCCUUUACCUUAGAACCCCCAACAUAAUAGAAGCUCGCCUUCUCUCUCUUUAAACUCAUUCUAGUGACACCUUUGGAGAUUGUUUUCCAGCUCCACUCCUUCCCCUCCCUAGAAACUUGUCUCCACUGUGGCAAAGUGGGUGGAGUGUCACGGUCAGGACUCAUCUCCUGCCUCUCAUGCCUUAGGAUGUUUCUCCUUUCCAGACUCCUUUCCUUCUGUUUUCUUGUACAGUAUUUCAUAGCCUUUCAGCCUUUCUUUCUCUCCCUCUCUCUCGUUUCAAAGGAUGAUGAACUUAUUAUUAUUUUUUUUAAUAAUGAAAGAACCCCUGGCCCCUACUUUCCCAUCUAAUUGGGUUCAAUUAAACCAUGACUUGGUGGGAAUGGGACAGUGGGCUUCCGUUUCCCCAGGACCGUAGACAGCAGUUCUAAUGUACUGGUCCGUAGCCAAAACUGGAAGAAACUCGGGAGACCGAGCGAGACAGGAAACCUGAAGCGAGUAUUGAGGGACUGAGGAACGAAAAGACAGAUGCGGUAACAUUUGAUAAAGUGGACUCUUGUGAAUAUUAGCUGCAAACACUCAUUCACUGUUGCACUGUACCAAGUCUGUGAAUUGUAAUUAAAAGUUUGUAUUAAG